AGUGAUCAGUCGGUAAAUGUUGAAUCGGCGGUAAAUGGAGUAUUGUAUCUGGCAAAAAGUUUUGAAGCAACGCAGCUGGCAGUUUUAGAAGCGAAAUUAACGGUCAGCGACGAAAAUCAUCAUACAGAGCCAGAUGAUGAAGCGUUGGUAAUCAUACGCUUGGUACGACGUGAAGAGCAGAUUGCUGAUGUUGACUUGUUGAAAUUUGACGAUGAGAUCGUACCGAAAAUAAUUGCGGUACCCGAGGAUACGCCAAUUGGCUCGUAUGUAUACACGGUGAACGUGAGACCAGUGGCCACAGAACUUUUGGACAAUUUGGCGUCGUCGUCGUCACUUCGUUUCGAUGAUGCCUCAGCUGCUCAAGCGGAGUUUGAUGUGUCCAUCACAGGGACACGGAACGCUGCUCUGAGCAACAACAACAACUACUACAACCAUAAGCAGCAUCUGCAUCGUCGUAUCACCUAUUCCCUAUCAGAAGGGCAUCGCCUCUUUACCAUUAAUCCAAUUACAGGCGUUAUAAGUACGGUAGCCGGGCUGCGCUCAACGGGUGAGUCGAACGUUACCGUAGUGGCCAAUCAGCCGGCAUCGCAGACGAGUGUACCCAUUUGGCUGGUGGUUCGUGCCGUACGCUCGGCAUCCACAACCCGCAUGUACUCGUUGACUAGUGAAAGCCUUGUAUUGAACAUCACCGAAAAUGUAGCAAUCGGCACUUUAAUCAGUUCAUCAAUUGUAUCAUCAUCAGCAACAGCAGCACAGCUGCCAACGCCAAGCGGUGACACUGAAAAAAACACCAAGAAAAUGCCAUCCUUAGGCCUUUCGUAUCGUAUAUUUGGCCAAGACAGCGCUUAUCUCCGCAUUGACGAAAAGGGUGCCAUCUACACCGCAUUAGAAGUGGAUCAUGAGAUCAAACCGCGCUUAGCUGCAUUCAUUUAUGUGUUCCAUUCGACCAGUGAUCAUAUUUCGAUCAUACCGAUAACAGUAAAUGUGUUGGAUGAAAAUGAUUCAGAACCGCAAUUCCCCAAGAAGUUAUACGCAGCCAAAGUUAUGGAAAAUAGUCCGAUUAACACAUUUAUCGUUAAAGCUCAGGCGAUGGAUUCAGACGAUUCGGAAUUGGAGUACUCGUUGAUGAUGAAUAGUGAUUCAGCAGCGCUCUCGUCACUGCUCACUGUCGAUCACCAAGGCCAAAUUCGAAGCGCCGAGCCAUUGCUGGGUCUUGAGGGUGACUAUCAAUUUGCUGUGAUCGCUCGUGAUGGCAAACACAACGGUGCGUCGGCGAGCGUUUUCCUCACUAUUCUGCCCACUUCACGAUGUCAACCCACUUUACCCGAAUCCACUCCCACUGUCUUCACCAUCAAUGAGAAUCAACAAGCACCAACCGUCUUAACACACUUUAAAGCUAAUUUACCAGCAGCAAAAUCCGACGAUGACGAAUGUGAAUUGAAAUACGCCAUUUGGGAUGGUUUUAGAUACGUUAAUGAAACGCAAUUCUUCACGAUGAAUGCACUCACUGGUGAGUUGAGCACCAGGGUGGCAUUUGAUUACGAGACAUCGAAUCGCUAUUCGCUAGUGUUGGCCGCUCAAAGCGGUGAGCUGUUCGCACAAUUGGACGUCGAGGUACGUGUUAUGGAUUUGGAUGAUAAUCCAAUAGAAGUGAUCGAUAAGAUGAGUCGAUUCGAUGUGGCCGAAGACGAGCGAGCAGGUAAGAUAAUUGGUCGUAUUCGUGCACAAGAUCGAGACGCAACCGAUUCUGUCUAUUAUCAUUUGCUGACGGAUGCUGAUGGUAAGUUUGAAGUGGACACGACCAGUGGUACGAUCUCACUGAGAGAUCAACUCGAUCGCGAACGUCAAGAUUCAUACGAAUUGAAAAUUUUGGUAUCGAAUUCGGCCGAAUGGCACUCGUCGUCUCUAUCAGCCGAAACGGAAACAGGCAUGAGACGUGAAAAUGACCAUCCAGCAGCAUCAACCAUACAACAGCAGCAGCUGCAGGAUCAGUUAUCAAAAAGUGAUCAAAUGGCAGAUCAGAGUGAAGAGCAGCGGCAACACGGCGGAGUGCUUGCAAUCGUAAUGAUCAAUGUUCUUGACGUUAAUGAUAACGGUCCAAUAUUCGACAAGGAAUUGUACGUGAAAGCUAUAGCGCACACAGCGUUGGCUGGUACAAAAUUACUGAGCGUUCACGCGAGGGAUCCGGAUUUAACAAAUCAACUCUCGGCUGACGGUGAUAUUGUGGUGUAUCGAAUUGACGAUAUAAUCUAUCGAUAUUUGGAUCGGAGUCGUCAAGCCAGCGAUUUUUUGGCUGUUAACGAACACAGCGGUCUGGUGAGUCUUAGCCAACCGGUUGCCGAGUUUCGCGGAGGCGUUUUCGAGGCACGCAUUAUCAGUUCAGAUAUAAAGCCGCAGAACACCUUGGCGCAUACGGCAACAACAAAACUUAAAGUUUGGAUCUACGAUGAAAGCGAUGAUGUGAUUGAGCUAGAAAUUGAGUCAAAUAUUGAGGAGAAAUUGAAAAGUUCCCGAACUCAGGAAAUUAUUCAUUUGCUGUCGGAUUUGUGUGAAUGUUCAGUGAUUCUGUUGGGUGCUGAUUAUGGCCGCCUGAUGAAAAUGCAUGAAGUUGAUAAGCCAAGUCAAGUAAAAGCUACUGAUACGGCUGCUGCUGCUGCUUCUACUGUUGCAGCGUCCAAUUCACUACAGCAACAGCCUUCUAGCAAGCAUAUUCGUGUGCAUUUUAUAUUUGUGAAUCGAACCAAUAAUCAGAUUUUAACGGCCGAACGUGCCAUAUCGAUUGUCGAUAAAAAGGCGGCGAUCAACCCAGAUUUAGUGGUGCCACGUUUAAUCGCUGCCUCUGCUGCGGCUGCUGCAUCCGCUCAACCACAAAGCGAUGGCCAUCGUUCAGCAGCAGCAGCAGCAGUUCGAUCCGAGCCCAACCACCACCACCACCAUCAGCCAUCGACGACGACCAGUCGACGAAGCACCGAAGUGGCCUUGCUACUCUACGUAUUUGCCUUCUUACUCAUAACAGUGCUACUCAUCUUUGCCUUAAUUUUAUGCUACUAUCGUUCAAGAUUUUUGAGUGAGAAGCGUUCGUAUGAAGAGCAGAAAAUAGCGGUUGGUUCACUAAAUAAAUUGAAUCGCUACAAACAACCACCGCCCUAUAUCGCGCCUCCUCUUCAUAAUCUCCGAGAGAAGUAUGCUGUGGAUGAAACGGAAUCAUCCUACGGUACCCAAGAGGUGCAGAUGAUCGUAGAGGAUGAGUCUAUCGAGAAACGGGUACGAUAUUCGUGA